GGCAACUGUCGUAGAACGAAACUCACUGAAUCCAAAAUGGCCCAAUCCCACGUACCAAGUUUGACGGAAAGUGCUGUCCGGGUGGACCCCCGGGACUCGAGGGAAUACGCCGGUAACCAGGAAGACUCUCCCUUGUACGACAUGUGCGAUAAUCCGGCACAGCAUGGCAAUGUGCGGUACUUUGACCACGAGAUGGUUGUCGUAGAUGACGCCAACGCCAAGUCCCCUGACCAUAUCAUCCUUAUGCCACGGGAUACCUCAAUCAAGGAAAUCGCCAACUUGACGACCGAACACUUGCCUUUACUAUAUCGAUUCCGACAUCAGUCCCAGGUCGAAAUCAACCGUAUGAUAACCGAGGAUCCCAGCAGACUCCCACUGUUCAUGAGCGGCUUUCACACCAUACCCAGCUUAUUUCCGCUUCACUGCCAUGUGCAGGACUGGUCACUCAGCACUGACAAAAUGUUCAACCCUAGACACUGGAAGGUGCCCUUCUCAAACAUGUUCAUCUCGUUGGAUCAUGUCAUUGAAGAAGUAGAACGGACCGGAAGGAUGUCGGUGGAUACGGAGGCUUACCGACGUGACUGGCAAACGAAACCAAUCCGCUGCCCGGUGUGUCCCGGCCCCCAACGCCAAUGGGAGACCGAUAUCACCGCGCUGUCCGACCAUUGGCGGGACCACGUCGAGGAAUGGAAGACCACCAAGACUCUCCCACCCAACGUGUCGCCGGCUAGGCAGUGGGAGCCAAACUAUCCCGUUAUCUUGACCACCCGAAGACGCACAGGGUUUCGCAUCGGUGUUACUGACGAGCUGGAUCAUCUCAAGAGGGAUUUCCCGGGACUCGAGAUUUAUUGUUAUUAUACCGAUGAAUGGCCAUCAAUACCCAAGUACGUGCUUGAUAAGACAACCAUCUUUCUCUCGACCAUCGAGCUACCACCGAACGAAUACGCCCUCCCGCGGCUUGAAUGGAUUCACCUCGCGUCUUCGGGGCUGGACCUCCUCAACAACAGCCCAUACAACCACCGCCCCGACCUCCGAGUGACAUCGAGUACGGGUUCCGGCUCCGCUGCCCUGGCCGAGUUCGCGUUGAUGAACACGAUGAUCCUGAGCCGGAACAUUCCCACGGCACUACAAAACCAAGCCAAGCACCAAUGGGCGCCCCAACCACUGAUGGGAUACCGAACUGUCAGCCAACUAUCCGUAGGUAUCCUAGGUUUUGGAUCCAUCGGCCAGCAAGUGGCGGAGCGUUUUCUUGCGCUGGGAAGCAAGGUCACCGCCAUGAACCCGAAAGGCCUCCCCCAAUCCUCGGCAACGCCCGGGUCACGGUUGAGCGAGGUCAAACUCCUGAGGGCCGAUGGCAAGGACGCUCUGCGUGCGUUCCUCCGCAACCAGGACGUCCUCAUCCUUGCUGCUCCGCUGACUCCCGAAACGGCUGGCCUCAUCAGCAGGCAGGAGCUGGAGUCGCUCCCCCGGAACGCCAUCAUCGUCAAUAUCGCACGCGGGCCUCUACUAGACGAGCAGGCCUUGGCGGAAUAUCUCCAAAACGGACAUCUGGGAGGCGCCGCCCUGGAUGUCGUGAGCGAGGAGCCCCUGAAUGCCAGGUCACCGCUGUGGGAUUUACCAAACGUCAUCAUCACGCCACACAUCGCGGCCAUGCACAAUAAGUACAACGAUAACAUGAUCCAAAUCUUCGAGCAAAACCUGCGCGCCCAUCUCGCGCACAAGCCGAUGAGGAACGUAGCCCAACUCCCGGUUCCAGCUCCGCCAUCCGCAACCCCAACACCACUCAAAACAAUCACCCAGGCGCCGUACCUCAAGUCGACCGCGACCCGUUCCCCAAAGGUGGUGUAUGCCGUCCGGGAGCGGGACGCUGGUCGCGACAGGUAAGGUACCGUGGCGGGAAAAUGCAGGGGGCAACUACCUAUGUUUAGGUGCGUAAGGUAACCUUGGCAGCAACAAUGGUCUUGGUCGUGCAGCCUACAGGCAGCGAUGGUGACAACAUGAAAUCAAUGGGUGGCCGAGUUUGGGUGGGGAGGCCCGAGGGACUGGGAGACGCCUGGAGCACUUCCACUCCCUGGGGUUGGCCAC